UCUUAAGACUACUUUAAAAUUGUCAGUUUUCUGCUAUUUACAACAGCAGAGGUUUGCUUUUAUACUUUCAGGCGCACAUUUUCUAGGUGCUUUUCUGACAGUGUGGACGGUGAAAGACAAUCAUCUUCGAGGGGCAUGGACGUUCCAGUUGUGGUCACGGUUCGGCUCAUCAGGUCGUUUGAGCAAAGAAACUAUAAGCCUGUGGUUUUCCAGCAGGUCAGCCUGGAGCAGACCACGCAGGACUUCAUGCGCUGUGUGAAAGACGAUAUUGCAACAAGACCAGGACUUCCUCCUCCUUUCAGAGAGUAUGGAUAUGACACUAUGAAGAUUAUUCACCAAGCUCACGGAGCAAAGACAAAUGAGUUGGUAAUGAGUUUGAAUGACGACGAAAAGCUAAUUUUACAAGAUGAUCAAACCCUCAGAGCUGCUGGAGUUGCUAAUGAAACAGAAGUGGGAUUCUUCAGAAAAGAUGAUUAUGUUUUUUAUAAAGCCAACCCUAAAACUACAUGGUGAGAACAGAGUGGAAGGUUACAGCUUGGUUCCUCUUCGAAGUGCUGCCAGAACAAUAAUGACCGGGACCAUUAUAAAGAAGAAAUGUAGUUUUUGAAGCUGUUUUAGUUAAGGCAUAUAUAACAGUAUGACAAUGUGUCCUUUAAUGUUCUAAGCCUUAGAUAAAUGUAACCACUGAAAUGUCUUUGUUGUGAAUGUUAUUUUUUACAAAUAUGUUAAAUAAACUUUGAACAACA